AUGGCCCCAUUCUCCUCCAGAAGUGACCACACAGCCCUCCAGCUGAACAGAGAAAAAAUAAAGCCAAGGAAGCCUGCAGUGGAGAAGAUGCGCAGGGAUCGCAUCAGCUGCAGCAUCGAGCAGCUCAGGGCCCUGCUGCUGGAGGAGUUUCGCGGGGGAGAGUCUGACGGCAGGCUGGAGAAGGCCGAUGUCCUGGAGCUGACGGUCCGCUUGCUGAAGCAGAGGCUGUGGCUCGGGCCUGCAGUGGGCCGGAGGGCUCAGGGCGAGGGCCACUCUCAGUGCUGGAGGGACGUUCUGCACUUCCUGUCGGCCAGCCCUGAGAGAGAAGCAGCACUCUGGCAGCUACGCCGUUUCCACGAAGCCCAGAGAGACAACCAGGAGUUCCACCCCGACGCUCCAGUCACCCCCAAACAGAGCCUUUCCCCAGCCAAACAGGACACGCCCACCCAGAUGAUCGUCUGGAGGCCCUGGUAG